AGCGGCAGGAGGGCGGAUGCUGGGCCUGCUAGGGGUCGGGCCCUCCGAGCAAUGCUGUUGUGGUGUUGUUGAUCCGAUAAUGCAAUGGCGCUCGAUAGUGCUGGGCCUCUUGCUGUUGAGGCUGGGUCUCCACCUCACGCUCUGGUUCCUCUUCGGCUUCGGGCCCAGCCUCGGAUUCUACCAGAGCUUCGUGCCCUUUCGUUUCAGCUUCAGUAUGGUGCGGCAGUCCGAGGGUCAGGCUGAGGCCCAAACCGCCAAGAAGCCGUCUUGGUUCGACCAGACUUGGGUGCGGGGACAGACUCCGGGUGGCCACUCCCUGGCAAGAGGGGACCCGAUGGUGUGUAAAAGACAGUCUCCUUCUGCUUCCCGGCCUGCUGGGCCUGGCUACAAUUUCCUGGAUAGUUUUGGGGAGUACAGCCGCAAGUACAGCGCCUUUCCCGAGCCGCAGCGUCGCCGCAUGAAGGAGGCCGCCCUGCGCAUGUUCUACUUCGGCUAUGAGAACUACAUGGAGCACGCCUUCCCACAGGACGAGCUCAAUCCCAUCGACUGCCAGGGCAGGGGUCCUGAUCGGGAUAACCCUUCAAACAUAAACAUUAAUGAUGUCCUUGGGAACUAUUCUUUAACACUGAUCGAUGCACUUGAUACCCUGGCGGUUUUGGGCAAUGCUUCCGAAUUCAAAAGAGCAGUGAAGCUCGUGAUUACCACUGUCUCUUUUAAUAAAGAUUCAACUGUGCAAGUCUUUGAAGCAACUAUCAGGAUUUUAGGAAGCCUACUUUCUGCUCACAUGAUUAUAAUAGAUCCUGCUCAGCCAUUUGGAAACAUGGUUCCAGAGGGCUAUGAUGAUGAGUUGCUUCAUCUAGCUCGUGAUUUGGCUGUAAGAUUGUUGCCAGCGUUUGAAAACACCAAAACUGGCAUUCCUCAUCCAAGGGUGAAUCUAAAGAAGGGCGUGCCUUCUAGUUGUCUUAACGAAACCUGCACUGCUGGAGCUGGUUCUCUACUUGUGGAGUUUGGAAUCCUUAGCCGCCUCAUUGGGGAUUCUACUUUUGAAUGGGUAGCUCGCCAAGCAGUGAGAGCUCUCUGGAAACUGAGAAGUGAUGAGACGGGGCUCCUAGGGAAUGUGGUAAACAUCCAGACUGGACAAUGGGUUGGGAAGCAGAGUGGAUUGGGAGCAGGAAUGGACUCUUUCUAUGAGUAUCUUCUGAAAUCCUACAUAUUGUUUGGAGAAAGUGAAGACCUGGAGAUGUUUAAUGCUGCAUAUGAAAGUAUUCAAAAUCAUCUGAGAAGAGGGCGUGAAGCUUGUAAUGAAGGAGAGGGAGAUCCUCCACUUUAUGUUAACGUGAAUAUGUUGAAUGGGCAAUUAAUGAAUACAUGGAUUGAUUCACUGCAAGCCUUUUUCCCUGGUCUUCAGGUGUUAACAGGUGAUGUAGAAGAUGCUAUUUGCCUCCAUGCUUUCUAUUAUGCCAUAUGGAAACGAUAUGGGGCUCUUCCAGAGCGGUAUAAUUGGCAACUACAAGCUCCUGAUGUGAUGUUUUACCCACUAAGGCCCGAAUUAGUUGAGUCUACUUACCUACUAUAUCAGGCAACAAAAAAUCCUUUCUACUUGCAUGUGGGAAUGGAUAUCCUUCAAAGUCUGGAGAAGUACACAAAAGUCAGGUGUGGUUAUGCUACACUUCAUCAUGUAAUAGACAAGUCAAAGGAAGACCGAAUGGAGAGCUUCUUUCUCAGUGAGACCUGUAAAUAUUUAUAUUUGCUGUUUGAUGAAGACAACCCUUUGCACAGAUCAGGGAGCAAAUAUCUUUUCACAACAGAAGGGCAUAUUUUGCCAGUAGAUAAACUUUUCAGAGAAAAACCCUGGGAAGAUGCCACCUCUAAAGAAGAAGGUACAGUGGGUACCUCCAGUACGCUGGACCACAGACCUGCUAACUCCAGCAUCAAUUGCAGCAGAGUCCCCAGUGAGAGAAGAUACGCGUUGCCUUUAAAGGGAGUUUACAUGCAGCAGAUUGACCAGAUGGUGGGACUUCUUUAAAACAACCUCAUCUCUAAUGCACAGAUGUCCAGGGACAGAACCUACAGCUAUGCAACUUUGAUUUUUUUUGUAUAUAAAUGUGUUAACAUUUAUUUAUUAAGAUUUUUAAAACUUCUCAAAGCUUUUCUAAGACAUGUAAUUUCAUUUCUGGAAUAGUGAUAUUACAUAUGCAUCUUGCUUCAAUGCAAGGGAAAAUGUUUUUGUUAAAAUAGGUGGGGUUUUGAUGCGCGAGUGUCUUCCAUGAAGGCAUAUGUUUAAUCAUUUGUCUAGAUAAAAAUUUGUGCUAGAUAUUUGUUUAAAUCCACUUUUGUAAUUCCCUUGUCUUAAAUGUGCAACAGUGUGAAAUAAGAAAGCUUCAUUGAACAUAAUAUCCAAAUUUAUACUAAUGCAUAUAUAUCAUAUUGGUGUAAGAAUCAACCCAACGCUAUGAAGAACUGAACUGUGAAAGAGCAUUAGUCAGUUUGUCUGGUGUAGUGCUGAGUGUCUCCAGCAAAAGAGUAUAACCAACUCUGGAUUUGGCUAAUGUGCCUUCAAACUAUCAGUGCAUUUAACUGAAGUAUCUAGUGUCAUGUCUGUCUGGGUAUUAAACAACGUUGAUUUCUGUUAUCUUUCUUGUGUGUUCCAUGUACAUUAAUUAGAUGGUUUUGUUCCUGGCUGAUUUGAGGACUGCUUAUAAUGAAAUGUUCCAUAAUCAUAUUCAUUAACCAUAUCACAAUUUAUUUUUGUGGAUGAUUUUAUGUGAUCUGUAUUCAGAAAGUAAAGAUGCUUUACAUCUUGUUUAAAAAUACAAAAACAGCUGACAUAUUAUUUGUUGCUACAACAUGAUUGAAAGCAUCCACAACUUUACUUUUUGAAGGCAUUGGGAUAUGUUCCUUACUUUCUGUUCAUUACUUUUACCCACAUUGGUGCAGAUCAGUUUGAGAGGUCUGAAAUUCAGAUCAUUUCAUAGUCUUGUCUGCAGUUCCAGAAUGAUACCUUCUAAAGGCCAGCUUAAAAUAGUUGGCUUUCAUUUUGAUAACAUUUGCUGUGAGAAACUUGUUAGGUCUUUUGACAAAUUAUAAAUGCUGAUUUUGAACUUCACCACAUUCUAUGCUUCCUGCAUCAACAGUGAAUCUGUCAGACACACUAUGAUGAGCGUUAACCUCUUACAAAUGGACAGUUACUGAAUCAUUAUCCCUAUUUUGUAUCUGUUGUUUUGACCUUGGAUGGGGAUGGUUAAAGUGAAAUGCACUUGGCUAUUGCAGUGGAAAAUGUAUUAAUCUCCUCAACAAAGGAUGGACCAUUAGCACUUGUUUACACUUAGCAAACUCCCUUUUGGUUAUUUCCAAAUUUACAAUGUAUUUGAAUAAUUUACUUAAAAUUACAAAAUUAAAUUGCAUCACAUUUCUGUCUGUGUGUGUGCAUGUGUGCACACGCAUAUUUUCUCUCUGUUCUGUUAUUAGAAAAUCAUUGCACACCUAUUGGCUUUUCCAAACUGGUUGGAGAAGAGAGUGGAUGAAGGUACUCAGUGUCUGAAUUGAUGGAUUUAGAAGCUGAAGGUUAACAUUUUAAGGAACAUUUGUGUAGUUCAUGAUGAUGUGCCUUAGCAUGGAUGUUGACUUGGGGCAUCCAGAUCGGCCGAAGGGGAAGUGAAGGAAUAAAUAGGGUAAACAUCAGUCGUGAAACGAUACAGCAUUUUGUUAUUUCCAGUCUGUGCUUACACCUUCUGACAGAUCUUCAUCAGGUAUCUCUUGCUAACAUCGCUUAUAUACUGUAUGUAAUGUUCAUUUGCGCAAUCUUGGCAUUUCCAAACAUUUGAGUGGCUUGUCUUUCAGCAACAUAGUCAGUUGCUUGGCCCUGCUCCCUCUCACUGCUGUGCUUUCUUCUACACUCACUCUCACCCUCCUUCCGCCAUGCUUUCAACCCUUCCUUCUGUUCUUUCUCUUAUUAUUGUUCCAACCCAAACACUAAUCUUUGCUUCUGCUUUCAUGUGUUGUUUUUCUCCCUUUAGUUUGUCCAUCUCUACUUACUCACAUGCCCCUCACCCUCCUCGAAGAUAAAGGAUCUUAUUUCUAUUCAGUAUUUCCUUGCUAAGUCAAAUGAGACUGGAGAUGAAAGCGAGUGAGAUAAUGGCCCACCUUGCUUGCUUUCUUCACUAACAACUUGCAAACUUCACUUAAUGAUAUCCUUUAUUCUUUGUAAUAUAUUAACGUUACAGUUAUAAGUUUACCUGUUCCUUUCCUUGGCUUAUGUGGAUGAUCCUCUAGUUUACCUGCUAUUUCAAUUUUAUCAAUCACAUGGUAUUACCCAUUGUGCAAUCAUUGGAAUUCCUCCAGAUUCCUAUACACUUAUUUAUGUGAGAGUAAGAGAAGUCUGAUUAGGACACAAUUACAUAAGAUUUUCCCUUCAGUUAUGUGUGCAAUGAUGAUGCCAAAUGUGUUUGGAUGGCCUGCAUUUUAACAUUUUAGAUGAUUUCCAUUUCUAUGUGACCAAUCAGAGUGCCAUGGUAGAUGGUUCUGAAGCACAUGAGAUCUGCCUCAUUUUUUAAGAUAUUGGUAAGAUUACGUGUGGAGCAUUGUUUUCUUACAGAUAAUAGUAUUUACUCAAAAGCAGGAUGUUUAAUGUAAAGGACAAUGCUGAACUAUCAGUGUUUACCAAAAUCAAUGUGCAAUACACUUGUAUAAAAGAAAAUUGUAAAAAUUUUAUUUUCCCAGAAAUAAGUAAUGGUAUUAAAGUGUCAAAGGACCAAAUAGAAGUCAAUAAAGAUUCA